UGCAAAACUAUGUCCAAAUGAAAGAGGUCUUUAUAACUGGAAAUGUGUCCACUUAUGCCCUCGGCGGCCAGGACAAGCUAUGUCUGCCGGAGGACAAGGAAUUCAUGGUACUGUUCACUAUUUGUAGUGACCAUCCUACAGCUAAGAGCCAGUGCACAAGAUUAGGUGGUCGUCUCAUCGGCAAGGAUGACGACUUUGAUAAGAUUGCUAAAGAGGCUGCCUUGUCGCUGGACGUUCAAGAUGAUUUGUUUCUGUGGACUGACAUGGCUGACAAAGAGCAAGGUUCGGUGCUAUCUGUCAACCGAGACACCAUCUCCCACCACAUGCUCAACUACACCUCUGACACAGUGCUCCACACCACCGCCUGCAUGAUGUCACUCAAGAAAACUGUCUACAUGAAAGGCUACCACACUGAGACAAUGACUCUGUUGAGAUACGACAGGAGACUGGUUCUUCUGUCAGAGAGUGGCGAGAUCAUCCGCAGGGAACCGUGUCCCGGCAGCACAGAGCAUGAGGGUUUCAGCAGGUGUCUUGCCAAGAGAUCUUUUGGAAUGCAGGAGGAAUUUGCUUCCCUAGGUUAUGGAGAAGACAUUUUUGGCCGCCACAACUGGAAUGAGGAGAACACAAACAGAUAUAGGAAUCUCAGUAUCUCAUUUUGUGAGAAGGACAAAUUCACCUGCAAUGACGGCAGCUGCAUUCCCCUCCAGGAACGCUGCGAUGGAACGCGCCACUGCGAGGACAACUCUGAUGAGGGUGAGCUCUGCACGCUGAUAAGGCCCCGGCCACCCUCUUACCUGAUGGCCUAUUGUCCAAACCCUCAGCCAAUUAUUGGACUGAGAAUCAAAGUCAUAAAAGUCAAUUCAGUCCUGCUUGAUGCAAACGAGUUUAAAAUCACCCUGCACAUUGGACUUAUGUGGCGUGAUGAGAGACUCGCAUUCCAAAACCUGCUCAAGGAACCCAAGAUCCUGGAAUCACAUGAAUACAAAGACAUCUGGACCCCACAGCUUUUUUUUAUAAAUGCCAACCAUGAGGACAACGUGGCUGUCACCACCAAGACUUCAGUGCUCAAUGAAUUCACCGUGGUGGUCAAGGGUAAAGGUCAACCUGAAAUUUAUGAUAGUUAUGAGGUGAUGGUGUUCAAUGGAUCCAAGGUGGAGAUCCAGAACAGAAUCCAGUACCAGUUCACGUUCUCCUGCAGCUUUGACUUUGUUUUCUUUCCGUUUGACAUCCAGAAGUGUUGGAUGAAGGUGCGUCUCAGAGACACAUCUGGGUGCAGGCCUCUCUGGGACACAAAUCAGGGCAGAGUGAUGGUGAUGAGCAAGGGCUCUACACUCUCCAUGUACAACAUCUCCAAAGCACGGUAUGAAAUUACAGAUGAUGGGAGGUACGUGAUUGUCCACCUACUCUUCACUCGGAAGUUUGAAUCGUAUGUCAUGACAACGUUCCUACCGUGCAUCAUCCUGUGUCUCCUGGCACACACAACGCUCACACACUUCAAGAUUGAGAACUUCAAUGACCGGAUUAUGGUGACACUCUCCCUGCUCAUUGUCCUUGCCUCACUCUUCUCCCAGCUCUCCUCUACCCUCCCCAACUCUCCUUCUGCCAAACUGGUUGACUACUUCUUCCUGUACUGCAUUGGGAGAGUCGGUCUCAUCUUCCUCCUUCACACUUUCAUUGAGGUGAGUCGCAGAUCCAUGGCAGACACUAAAGAAGAACCCACAUCAGUAAUCAAAGGGAUCGAUCCCACCCUUGGCAUCAAGAUGAAACUAGCCUGGGUCUCUGAGGAUGAUGCCAAGGAUCCACCCAAGCAAAGAAUUAAUAUACCAAAGACCAUCAGCUAUGUUGGUGCUGUGGCAGUCUUGGUGAUGGAUGUGGUGAUGGUUGUGCUGCUUCUGUUCAAGACCCUCAAUGACCACAGUGAAAAGUGUAAUCGCUUCAAGGCAAUGAACAUCACAACAUAAAAAUGAAGUGCUCUCAGGGGGCAGGUGGCCAUCCCUGGUCACCCACUGUGGGGCAGAGCUGACAGGCAGCACCCACAACAUGCAUGACAUUCCCAUUGCCUCAUUUUAUUCAAUGAUCAAUGCUCCUCAUGAAUCACUCAUAUUCAAAGACUAUUUGUUUAUCUGUUUACCAGGCUGGCCACACAGACUGGCCCAGACAAAACACCACACUCAUACACGCUCUUUGCCCCAUCAGCUCCUGGUGGAAAGGGGCAGGCUCAUGGACCACCCUACUACAAACAGAAAGAAAAACAAAAUCAAAUAUACUAAAAUAUGUGUCAAAAAAUUGUUACACUGUAAUAGUAAUAGUAGUAGUAGUAGUAGUAGCAGUAGCACUCCCCUCAUGUUUAAGGAGCUUGUCUGUCCUAUUGUGUCUGUCUCUAUCACUGAAUGCUAUUUGGUACAUGGAAAUACAAUGAGAAUAGAAGGUACAAAAACAGCAGAUUAAGCUGUGAUAGUUGCAAUGCACAAGACCCUUCCUUUUUCUGUGAGUAUUGUCUUGGUCAGCCUUGCCAGCACCUCAAACACACCUCUAAAGGGAGUUGCCAGGUAGUCUGUACAUCAACCAGCACAAAGAGGGAGUAAUUCUGUGUUUUUUUGCAGCAAAGAUUGAUAUGUCAGUAAAUGGAAGGGCUG